AUGGCUACCAUAAAACCCAUUGAAGGCCGGACGAUCCAUCAGAUUCAGUCUGGCCAAGUAAUUGUUGAUUUAUGUUCGGUGGUGAAAGAACUGGUGGAGAACAGUCUGGAUGCUGGAGCAACGAGCAUUGAUGUGCGUUUCAAGAACCAAGGGCUGGAGGCAAUCGAGGUUCAGGAUAAUGGUGGUGGGAUUUCUCCGGCCAACUACGAAACCCUAGCACUCAAACAUCAUACCUCGAAAUUGGUAACAUACAAUGAUCUCACGACCCUCCGAACGUUUGGCUUUCGUGGUGAAGCCCUGUCUUCACUCUGCGCUCUCUCAAACUUCUCCGUCAUUACAUGCAUGCCAGAGAAUGCUCCGAAAGGUACGAAGCUUGAAUUCGAAAUAUCUGGGAAGUUGAAAGGAACAUCCGUGGUGGCGGCGCAGAAAGGAACGACAGUGAUUGUAGAGAAUUUGUUCAACAAUCUGCCGGUUAGACGACGAGAGCUUGAGAAGAAUAUCAAACGAGAAUGGGCCAAGGUUACGGGGGUUUUGGGUCAAUAUGCUUGUAUACAAACGGGUAUCAAGUUUAUUGUUUCGCAACAAGCGGCCAAAGGCAAAAAGACAACCAUUUUUUCUACAAAAGGAAACCCUACUACUAAAGAGAAUAUUAUCAAUGUUUUCGGUGCGAAGACUCUUAUCCAAUUGAUUCCAAUGGAUUUACGUCUAGAAUUGGAGCCUACGAGUGGCCCUAGUCAAAGGUGGAGCACACAAUCUGAUGGCGGCACGAAAGAUAUCCGAAUCAUUGGUCAUAUAUCCCGUCCAGCUUCGGGAGAAGGACGGCAGACUCUCGAUAGGCAAAUGUUCUUCGUGAAUGCAAGACCCUGUGGACUCCCCCAAGUGGCAAAGGCUUUUAACGAAGUCUACAAGUCAUAUAAUGGAUGGGGAAGCACUCAGUCUCCAUUCAUAUUCGCUAAUAUCGAAUUAGAUACUCACUUGUAUGAUGUUAAUGUCAGUCCUGAUAAGCGUACUAUCUUACUACAUGAUCAGCAUCGUAUGUUGGAGAAUCUCAAGACGGCUCUCGCUGAGCUUUUUGAAGGCCAGGAUCAUACCAUGCCGGUUUCUCAGUUACCUGCACAAAAGCAACCACAGUAUAAGCAAUUGACAAUUUAUCAAGAGGCUGCUAGUGCAUCUAAAGCUUUGCAGAGACGUGUCCAAUCACCAACUGAAUCUGCUGAAGAGGAAGACGAUGAUGAAGAUGAUGUUUCAGCCGCAUUCCCGACAUCCAGGAGACCCAGUGGAGCACAAAGUACAGAUGGUGAAAAGUCUAACGUGCAGUCUAAUUCGAAGGCAAAGCGUACUGCCACAUCGCGGAAUUCAAUGGCGCGAGAUGGUGAGGCUAUUAGCUUGAUUUCUAAUUGGGCUAGUCGUGAAUCCGAGGAUCGGAGCGAACAGCGGCCUGCACCUCCUAAAGCUGUGCAAGAUGUUCGCCAGGGUCUGUCAAAGGGAAGACACAGACUGCUCUCCAAGUUUGGCAGGGAGGCUGCACAAGCUGAGGAUGCUGAGGAUGAGCUUGUAAGCCCAGAAAGCUCGGUUACGACUACCCAAGACUCUCAACCCGCACCAACGUAUAGACCUCCCAGACACGUUACUGAUUUCAAUGACCGUAUGGCCGAGGUUAGUGUCUCAAGGGAAGGAUCAAAAACAGAAGAAGAUCCAGAAGACUCGCCUAGUCCAUCUGAGCCAGAAGCCUCUAUCCCCCAACUCUUGUCACCGUCUCCAAUGUCCACCCCAGGAGUUCUUAGUUCGCUUGGAAGUAGUAGACCACAACGUUCUCAGCAGGAGAUGGCCACAAUUACAAUUGGUGACCAUACCGUGACUAGUUCCAUUGGAACACCUGCCCCGAAGAGAUUGAAGGUUGAUGGUACACCUGGAACCUUGCAUAUCAGCGGAGCGCCACAACGAAAUGUACCUAUGCCCUCUUUUGGGAGUCGGCUUAGUCGACGUUUUGGCGCACCUGGUACUCAAGCCUCAGAUAGUAGCGAUGACUCUGGAGAGUUUCACCAGAAUACAGAGCCAGAAUCCACGCUGGAAACGGCUGGUCUUGAUUUUCCGGGCGCUUCUGAUGCCAAUUCAGUGCUGACUAAUUUCCGAAAUGCGGGGGGUGGAGAAGAUUCGCCGAUGGCCCAUUCGAUCGACGAGGAGGCUCCUGUAUCAUUAGAAGGUCCUCCAGGCGAUGACGCAGCCAGUGACGAUGAAGAUGAAGAUUACAUUGACGAAAAAGAGAAGAAAGUUCGGGAAGAAGCAAAAGUUCAAGAGAUGAUCGAAGAGGCUGAAAGAACGGCUGCGCUACCAUCUCAAGAGAACAGCACUCGCGCAAAAUCCCUACUGAAAGGUGGCGCAAAGAGGAAAGAGUCGACGUUCAAUCUGACACAGACCGUGAAUACUACUCUCCUCGAUAUCAACCAACAAAUCCAAUCUUUGAGUGAUGCACUUUCACCAUACGCAAACCAUACUAGUUCCAAUUCACAAGACGAAGCCCUCGACUCCCACAACGCAGAAGAGCGCCUCUCCCUCACAAUCUCCAAAAGUGAUUUCGCCAAGAUGAAAAUCAUCGGACAAUUUAAUCUCGGCUUCAUUCUCGCAUCGAAAGCCCCUGAGCCUCCAACCGAAAAUGGCAUACAAACUGCAGACAACGUAUUCAUCAUCGACCAACAUUCAGCGGACGAGAAAUACAAUUUCGAACGUCUACAAGCUACUACUAUCGUCCAAUCACAACGAUUAGUCUACCCCAAAACUCUGUCUCUCACAGCCCUCGAAGAGGAAAUCGUAGCUGAAAAUCUCGAUAUUUUGGAGCAAAAUGGAUUUAUCCUCACUAUUGACCCUUCAUCGCAAAACGUAGGUGGGAGAUGCCAACUCGUGUCCUUGCCCGUGUCACGCGAAACGACAUUUUCGAUACACGAUCUUGAGGAAUUAAUUGCGCUUUUGGCGGAAAGUGGAGGUGGAGGAAGAGCAGGAGAAGGAAGAGGAAUGGUGCGUCCGAGUAAAGUGCGUAAAAUGUUCGCAAUGCGCGCGUGUAGGAGUAGUAUUAUGAUAGGGAAGACGCUGAGGAAGAGUCAGAUGGAAGGUGUGGUGAGGCAUAUGGGGGAGAUUGAGCAGCCGUGGAAUUGUCCGCAUGGAAGACCGACUAUGAGACAUCUUUGUGGGUUGGGGUUGUGGGAUGGUGAGGAAGAAGGGGAGGGAGGGGGGUGGAGGGGGGAUUUGAAUUUUGGGGGUGUGGGUGUUGGUGGGAGAGGGAAUGGAAGGACGGAUUGGCGGGGGUAUGUUGGGAGGAAGAAGAAGAAGAAGAGGGGUGUGGUGUGA